AUGUCGACGAUCACGAGGACUUUGCGCAAUCUGCGCAGGAUUGGCUUCAAGGACUAUGCGCACCAGAUGAAUAAUAUUGGUGAUACCAAAGCCGGCACUCUGAUUGGCAAAGACACAUACGGCAACAAGUACUUUGAGAACUUGGAAGAGGAGCUUCCUUUGAGAACACGCUGGGUGGACUUUAAGGACAAGGAGUUCGACCCCGCUCAAAUCGAGCCUGGAUGGCAUGCGUGGAUUACCUACAUGGUCGACAAGUCCCCAGUUGCGGAUCCCCUUUUACAGCGCCAGGUUCGCGUCUGGGAGACCAAGGAGCACCGACCUGUACUGACGGGGACUCGUUCGGGCUACAAGCCGUACAGCACGGUAAAGAACAAGUACCAGCCAUGGACACCCGUGGCCAAAGCACGACAAUAG